GCUAACUCAGCAACCGAACCCAGCAGAGGCUAUGUCCGUGGCUCUUUACUAGUAGGUUUAGUUGAACAGUUUUGAGAUUUGACGCGAACGUUUUAUUUUUAAGGACUUAUUAACUGCAUUUUAGGUUGCUAAGGCAAAUGGAACCAACUCGCUAGGCGAAGUUACUGUUAGCUAGUUGCGUCGUUUGCCAGCUAACUAAGUUAGCUAGGCUUAUUGGUAUUCGACGUUUCAAAACAAAGCCCGCUGUCACCGCCAAAGUAACUUGUUACAAGAUAAGCGUGCUUUUUCUGACUACCGAGGGUACACAGCGCAAUUUCCAGCUUCUGCUUGGCUCCUCAAUUAAAUUAACGUAACGUCGCCCACAGAUUAGAUUGAUUUGGAGAAGUCUGUCAGCAGGUUCUGGGCUGUGUGACGUUAUAUUGAUUGAACGAAUCGAGCUUCUAACCUUGAGGUGCGUGAUUUUAGGCUUUCCUGAAACCUGAAAUUCAAUGUCCGAAAAGAGCUCGUCGUCCGGUUCGGAUGAGGAUGUGGACCCUGAGUCCGGACAGCCCGUGGAGCUCGGAGGCGUCUUAAGCAAAUGGACGAACUACAUACACGGGUGGCAGGACCGGUGGGUUGUGUUGAAAAACAACACGCUGAGUUACUACAAGUCUCAGGAUGAACGGGAAUAUGGCUGCAGGGGUUCUCUGUGUCUCAGCAAGGCGGUCAUCACACCUCACGAGUUUGAUGAGUGUCGUUUUGACAUCAGCAUGAACGACAGUGUUUGGUACCUCAGAGCAGAAGAUCCUGAGCACAGACUUCAAUGGAUCGAGUCAAUAGAACUACAUAAAGCUGAGUCUGGAUAUGGAUCAGAAACAAGUUUGAGGCGUCAUGGCUCCAUGUUGUCUCUCACCUCAGCUGCUAGUGCCUUGUCUUCCACAUCCACAUCCUCCUUCAAGAAGGGGCACAGGUUGCGUGAGAAGUUGGCAGAAAUGGAAACCUUUCGCGACAUACUGUGCCGACAAGUGGACAUCCUUCAGAAGUAUUUUGACUCCUGUGCUGAUGGUGUUUCCAAAGAUGAAUUUCAGAGAGACAAGGUAGUAGAGGAGGAUGAAGAGGAAUUUCCUACAAGUACAAGAUCAGAUGAACAUAAUCAGAACAACAAUGGCAGCAAAGAGAAAUUGUUUUCUCCUGCCAGUCCCAAAGUUAUUAACGGGAUCGACUUUAAGGGUGAAGCCAUCACCUUCAAGGCCACUACGGCAGGCAUCCUCUCCACUUUGUCUCAUUGCAUUGAGCUGAUGGUCAAACGAGAGGACAGCUGGCAGAAGAGACUGGACAAGGAACUGGAGAAGAGGAGGAGGGUAGAAGAUGCCUACAAGUCUGCAAUGAAUGAACUGAAGAAAAAGUCCCACUAUGGAGGCCCAGAUUACGAGGAGGGACCGAACAGUCUAAUUAAUGAGGAUGAAUUUUUCGAUGCGGUGGAAGCAGCACUGGACCGACAAGAUAAGAUAGAGGAACAGUGCCAGUCUGAGAAGGUCAGGACACAUCACCUAGCUCAGGUUCCUUCUAGUGAUGUCUUUUCCACCAUCAGUAUGCACCGAUUUGCCACCAAGUCCUGUAGCCAUUCUCCUUCCCUGUCCUCGGCUGAGCUAUUCAGCGCUUCAGAUGACGUUCACAGAUUCAGCACUCAGGUGGAGGAGAUGGUGCAGAAUCAUAUGACUUAUUCUCUUCAGGACAUGGGUGGUGAUGCCAACUGGCAGCUGGUAAUAGAAGAAGGAGAGAUGAAGGUUUACAGGAGAGAAGUGGAAGAGAACGGGAUUGUUCUGGAUCCUCUUAAGGCUACUCAUGCUGUGAAAGGAGUUACAGGACAUGAAGUCUGCCACUACUUCUGGGACACAGACUUUAGAAUGGACUGGGAAACCACCAUUGAAAACUUCAACGUUGUGGAAAAGCUGUCUGAAAAUGCCAGCAUUGUUUACCAGACACACAAGAGAGUGUGGCCUGCCUCUCAGAGAGACGUUCUUUACCUGUCGGCCAUCAGGAAGAUUGUGGCAACAAAUGAAAAUGAUCCCGACACGUGGCUGGUCUGCAACUUCUCUGUUGAACACGACAACGCUCCUCCCACAAACCGGUGUGUUCGUGCCAAAAUCAAUGUUGCCAUGAUCUGCCAAACACUGGUCAGCCCACCGGAGGGCAACAAGGAGAUAAGCAGAGACAACAUCCUGUGUAAGAUCACGUAUGUUGCCAACGUAAACCCUGGAGGUUGGGCUCCAGCGUCGGUCCUCAGAGCCGUGGCCAAGAGAGAAUAUCCCAAGUUCCUCAAACGCUUCACCUCCUACGUUCAGGAGAAAACAGUCGGGAAGCCCAUCCUUUUCUGAGCGCUCGCAGGCUUUUCUGUUGGGACGAUGUUAUUCAGCAUUAAAAUGACUCUUGAAAACCUCAUGAUCCAUUCACCUUUCAUUUAGC